AUGGUCGAACCACCACUUAGUAAUUUUAACAUUCCAAUUGUCGGAGAUACUCUAAAAUUCGUAUCAUCUCCAGCUCUUUGGUCUCGCGAGUUAUCGAAACAAGGAGAUGUAGUUAAAGCAUAUAUUUAUGGUUUAAAUGGACUAAAAUCUACUACAGUCUAUCAUUUAUCGGGUACUGAAGGACUAAAAGCUUUUUACGAUGAAAAAAACGCUGCACGUGGAUUAAUUGCUACACCACCAGAUCCAUAUGUAUUUGAUAAUUCACUAUUUGUUGUGCCAAAAUUGAAUUUGGAAGCGCAUAAGAUAAGAAAAGGGAUAUUAUUGCAGGUCGUGCAUUCGCCUGAAAGUAUUAAUCGCUUCAUCGAGACUGUUGACUCACUGAGCCAAAAUUUUAUCGAUUCAUUAUCAGCCAAAAUCAAAGAUGGAAAACCAUCCAAAAUUCCAUUAAAUACCACUAUACGACAUUUUACGGCGAGAUUCACUGCAAAAUAUAUAUGGAGUUAUGACGAUAUCGAUGCUGUAUUCAUACGCAAGCAGUAUGAAGCUAUUAACGACAUCUCAUCGGCUCCAUUGAAGCUGCCAUUUUUUGCAUAUAAUGACGGGAUAAAAAUUGCAAAGUGGCUUCGUGAAUUUUCAUAUUCACGUUUAGAAGAGCAUCGUCUAGAACCUGACAAAUAUACCGAUACUAUGAGUCAAUUAAUGAAUUCGGUGCCAAGAUUAACUGACGAAGAGCUUAUUUUAGAAAUCAAUCAUUUGAUUUUUGCGAUUAAUGGUCUUUCGUCUACUACUACUGGCGUUAUUAUUAAGUUAUUGCAACAUAAAAAUACGGAAAUUUAUGAAAGAGUAACUGCGGAAAUUGCGAAUAAUUCCGAACUAUUAGACAACAAAAAAUUAAUUAACGGGAAAACUAUUGAAGAAAAGUUUCCGUAUCUCUUAAACGUUGUCAGAGAAGCUAUACGAUUUAACCCUGUUGCGCCAAUGCAAUUCGCAAAUUCUGUUAGGGAAUUCCAAGUAGAAGGAUACAAGAUACCAAAAGAUGCUGUAUUAAUCGGUGCUUUAUAUGGAAAUGGUUUCAAUCCAAAAUUAUACCCAGAUCCAGAAGUAUUUCGUCCUGAACCCGGUGAAAUAUCAACGUCACAUCGAUGUGCUGGUCAACCAGCAGCAUUGAGUUACUGCGUAUUCAUUGUUGCUCGUUUAUUGGCGACAUUUGAUAUUUCCCUUAUUGAUCCAAAUCAAGAUUUCAUUUGGUCCACUGUAUUUCCUAGACCCGUUAAUGAAUGUCCAGUUGAGAUAAGGUUAAAGUCUUGA